AUAUCACAUCAUCGUAUCAGUGGAAAAAAAAUUUUGGAGAUGAAUCUGAAGAAUAUGAAACUCAAAAGAUGAAAUAUGAGGAAUAUGAGGAAAUCAAACUUAAUCAAAAGCCCUUUUGUUUUAGUGAUUCGAGUCUUGCAAAAUGA